ACGCAAUCGCUGCCACGGAGAGAGAGACGUUCCCUUCUUUCAGAGAGGAAGAGGAGAGAAAGCGCGUGCGCACCCCUAAUCCACCGCCCUCUCCCCCCUUUUUAGCUGUCCUCACCAAUGGCAGAAGGCGAGUGGGAAGUGCAGAAGAGUAGUGGGCGUGGCCGGCCUGGUUGGGCCUUUUUUUUAAUUUAUUUUUCCUUUCCUCUGCUGUCGCCGGGAAGGGGGCAGCUUCAUCAGUCAGUGUACAGUCGGGCGAGUGGAAGUGCGCGCGGCAGGCGGUUGGCCCUUUUUCUCGACCGCGCGCUGUGCAGCGGGUGCUCCCACCCACGCACCCCUGGCCAUGGCUGCUGGCGAAGCGGGCGACGAAGAGGUGCGAGUGCUGCAGACUCUCCGCGGGAAGAUUUGUCAAGCCAAAAACUUAGUGCCAUACUCUGGACCAAACAAGAUGAGAGAUUGCUUUUGUACAAUCAAUUUGGAUCAAGAAGAGGUUUUUCGCACUCAGGUAGUGGAGAAGUCAUUAAGCCCAUUUUUUGGAGAAGAAUUCUUCUUUGAAAUACCAAGGACAUUCCAAUGUUUAUCAUUUUAUAUUUAUGACAAAAGUGUUUUACAGAGAGACCUUCGUAUAGGUAAGGUAGCUAUCAAAAAAGAAGAUUUGAGCAGAUACUCUGGCAAAGAAACAUGGUUUAUACUUCAGCCUGUUGAUUCUAAUUCAGAGGUUCAGGGAAAAGUUCACCUUGAAUUAAAACUGAAUGAGCUGAUUACAGAUAAUGGAUCAGUAUGCCAGCAGCUAGUAGUACACUUAAAGGAAUGUCAUGGGCUUCCUCUUAUUAAUGGACAAAAUUGUGAUCCUUUUGCUACAGUGUCUCUUGUGGGUCCUUCAAGGAAUGACCAAAAGAAGACAAAGGUAAAGAAGAAAACAAGCAAUCCACAAUUUAAUGAAACAUUUUAUUUUGAGGUAACCAGGUCCAGUAGUUACACCAAAAAGUCACAAUUUCAGGUGGAAGAAGAAGAUAUUGAGAAGCUGGAAGUCAGAAUUGACUUAUGGAACAAUGGUAACUUGGUACAGGACCUUUUCCUAGGAGAAAUCAAGAUUCCUGUCAAGGUGUUAGGAAGUGAUUCCUUCCAAGCAUGGUACCUUCUACAACCAAGAGAUAAUGGAAAUAAGUCCUCUAAAAAUGAUGACCAUGGAUCGCUUAGGCUGAAUAUAUGUUAUGCUGAGGACUAUGUGCUUCCAUCAGAGUAUUAUGCUUCCCUCAGAAACUUGCUGCUAAAAUCUUCGGAAGUUGAGCCUAUUUCUGCUUCUACUGCUUACGUUUUGGCUGAAGUGUGUCGAGAUAAAUAUGAUGCCAUUUUGCCUCUUGUAAGAUUGUUGCUACAUCAUCAUAAACUAGUACAAUUUAUCACUGCAGUAGCAGAAUUAGAAUUGAAAGAUACUCAGGAAGCAAAUACAAUCUUCAGAGGGAACUCUUCAGCUACUCGAUGCCUAGAUGAGAUGAUGAAAAUAGUGGGAAAGCACUACCUGAAAGUUACCUUAAAACCAAUUCUUGAUGAGAUAUGUGAGAAUCCUAAACCCUGUGAAAUUGAUCCCCUGAAACUGAAAGAAGCGGAUAAUGUAGAAAUACACAAGGAAAAUCUGCGCUACUAUGUUGACAAAGUAUUCAGUACAGUUGUACAGUCAAGUAUAAGUUGCCCUACAUUAAUGUGUGAUGUUUUCUGUUCUCUGAGGCGCUUGGCUGCUGAAAGAUUUCCUAAUGACCCUCAUGUACAAUAUUCUGCAGUGAGCAGCUUUGUAUUUCUUCGUUUCUUUGCUGUAGCUGUAGUAUCGCCUCAUACUUUCCAUUUACGACCUCAUCAUCCCGAUGCACAAAUAUCUAGAACACUAACCCUUAUAUCAAAAGCCAUCCAAACAUUGGGAAGCUGGGGAAGUUUGUCCAAAAGCAAGCUGUCAAGCUUCAAGGAGACAUUUAUGUGUGAAUUUUUCAAAAUGUUUCAGGAAGAGGAGUAUAUUGAAUCUGUCAAAAAGUUUUUAGAUGAAGUAUCAUCUACUGAAAGUAAAGAGCCAAGUGUCAUGAGCGAGUCUGUACAUCUAAAAGAAGGUUACGACCUAUGGCGACCUUAUGAAUCAGCGACCUCCAAUAGCAUCUGUCAUGAACCACCCUGUUCAGAUCUUGUAAGGGAAAUGUAUAAAAGAGCACAAGGAAGAACUCGUAUUGGGAAAAAGAAUUUCAAAAAGCGUUGGUUCUGUUUGACAAGUAGAGAGCUCACUUAUCACAAGCAACAAGAUAAAGAACCUAUUUACACCAUUCCAAUCAGAAAUAUCCUUGCAGUGGAAAAACUUGAUGAGAGUUCCUUUAACAAGAAAAAUAUGUUUCAAGUGAUACAUGUUGAAAAGCCACUCUACGUGCAGGCAAAUAAUUGUGUGGAGGCUAGUGAGUGGAUAGAAGCUCUCUGUAGGGUGAACAAAUGCAAUCAAAGGAGACUGAGUGUUUACCAUCCCUCGGCUUUUCUGAAUGGAAACUGGCUUUGCUGUAAGGCUACAUCAGAGAACACAGUAGGUUGUACACCAUGCACUGCAGGUGUACCUGCUGACAUUCAAAUAGAGAUUGAUGGGGAUCGAGAAACGGAGAGAAUCUACUCACUUUUUGCUCUCAAUAUGGCAAAGCUGCAGAAGAUGGAAGAGGCUUGUGGAAGUAUAGCAGUCUAUCAAGGUCCACGGAAGGAACAAGAUGACUAUUCUAAUUUCAAAAUUGAGGACUCAGUAGCAACUUUUCAAACUCUUCAACAAAUAAUAUCUGCUGCAGAAAAGUUGGACGAGCAUCAUGACAGAUAUCGGAAGAAAAGAUCAUCUAGUGCUAAAUAUGGCAGCGAAGAAAAUCCAAUUGUUGGAAAAAUUUCUUAACCAAAGACACACUGCAACAGAGAGGGAUUUUGAAGAAACUGGAGUAGUUUUCACUUUUUAAUAAUCCUGACUGUAUGCUGAUUUAGAGUAUUUAAGAAUGUCCAUCGCCUGAAAAUGAGCUGUGUACACACAAUCUAUUUAUUAUUUAAUAGGGAAAAGACCAGCUUGGAAAUCUGAUUGGUUUUUUUGGGGGGGGAGGAGAUCGUUUCUGUUUUGCUUAAAGAAUGAACUGUUUCAGAAGAUGCAAGUAAACAAAUUUUCUAGUGCUGGAAGGAACUACUAAAGGAAUGAGCUUUCUAAGAGAGGAAAUUAACUACUGUUACAGAUAAAGAUUUUGGGUCUGCCAAGAUAAUAAUCAGUUUCAUUUGUGAACCAUCAAUACCUUUUCUGCGGACAAUGAGUCUUGGCAAAAGAAAUCCCAACAGGUGACAGAAAGAACUGAAGCUUUACAUUCAGAGCACAGCCACUUUUAAAAUUGUCCUUUCUUAAUCUACAGUAGACAUUUGUAAAAAAAGAAAAAAGUGGUACUUUUUAAAUGUGCAUUGACAAUUAGCAAUGUUAUGUUGUUAUUUAAGUGAUAUUACCGAAGCAGGACAAGUCAGGGAGUCUAAGCAUCUUGUUUACAAUUGGAGUGAACAGUGAAUGGAGUGACAUGGGACCAUGGUCUGUAUUUUGUCUUUUUAAAUAGCCAGUUAUUAGUACUUUUUUUUAGAAAUCAGGGCUUUUGGGGAAGUGUGAGAGCUUCAUGCUGUUGGGAAAAUAUUAUGGGUGAAUACUAAGCAACAUCUACCUGAAAAUUUAAACAACAGCCCUAACAUUAGACAUAUGUCACAUCCAAUUGCAACUAGUUGUUUUUGAAAAUCACUCCAAGCACUUUAGAUAUCUGGAUUGCCCCAGAUCAUAUUUAAAGAUACUUUGUAGCAUCUAAUCAUUAUGAUCAGUUGAAUGAUCACUAUUGUAGCUUAAAACAAUGGUUUUGUGAACAUUUUUAUAUAUAGUUUUUUUACUUGCUAGGGGACGUUUCAGACUCAGAUUUGCCUUUAGAAACUUUUAAUCUUGCCUACUUAACAUAUAUUUUAGUUAUAGGCUGAUAGAAAUUUCUGUAUGUAAUAAAUAGAAAUAUAAUAACCAACUAAGUAAUAGACUAGACCCAUUGAAAUAAAUAAACUUAAAGCCAUUGAUUUCAGUGGGUCUGCUCUAUGUCCAAGGUUGGUUUUCACCCUAAAGUUCCUUUCAUCAGUAUUAUUGAAUGUGGUACUAGAAAACCUCAUUUUGGGAACAAUUUACUCAGCACUGUAAAAAUGAUAUAUUCCCACAUGAUGUUUGUACAUUGUUCUUCUUGUUUACUUUUCUACACUUGUUCUUUUUGGCUGUCAUUUGCCACAGUUAUAGUUCAGAUUUGUAUUAACUGAUAGAAAUCUGGAAUAUUGAUAUUUAGAAGAUAUAAGCUACUUAAAAUACUACAUGACUUACUGAAGUAUGGCAUCUCCUAAGAAAAUGCAAAGAUCUUUCCACAGGUUUGAGCAGCCUGAUUCCAAGCCUUCCUGCACCAACAAAUAAAUGUGUAUAAUCUACUCAGCAUGCCCAAAGGGCUGCAUGCAGCCAGCAGGACUUGUUUUGGAACAGCUGAUACCCAUGCCUUAUUGCUAACUGCUUUUGAUAUUUGCUUGAUUUUCAAAAAUAGGUUUCUAUGACAUGGGGGCUACUGUUGAAGAAGCUAGGCACAUUGACUUAGCUGUGCAGUUCUUUGGAUCAUGGCUUUACAGUAGAGUGUGAAUAGCAAUCGGAGUGAAUUGGGAGCAGAAUGUGAAUGGCAUAGAAAUUGUGUAAGAAGAUCACUAGAGAUAUAAACAAGUCUAAGAAAAUUACACCUGGGAGAUAUAAAGCUCAUUUUUAUAUGGGAUUCAAGUGCAAUGCAUAAUAGACAGAGAGGAGACUCAUCAUUCCCUGAAGAAUUGUCCAGGUUACUAUAUGAGAAACAUUGUCCUUUCUAUGUUGUAUAGUCAGCAUUGGACAAAGCCAGUAGUACUGACAGAACUUAAUUACUCCAGAUAAGGCUCUUCAUCAGAAUACCCUUUAAAGUAUUGAAUAUUCUACAAUCCACUAUUGUCUGACUGAAAUUUUAAAAAUUAUACUUGGUACAUUUGUCCAUCCUAGGUUUGGAUACAAGUUGAACUAAAAUAUUGGGGAUGUGAUUGUCCGUUAAGAUUUGUUUGUACAGGGGCUCGCUGUUUCCCCCCCCCUUUUUUUUUUUAUAAGGAAGUACACAGAUGCUAUGAAUUCAGUCCUUGGUUCAUCACCAGCGUGAGAGGCUAUGUAUUAUAUCAAUUGUACUAGUGGGAUCAUGCCAUAUUCAUUCUUUUAAUCUUUAUUUAUUUGAAGUGGGGGGAGAGGAAAUUGAUUUUAUUUUACAUAUAUAUAGUUCAAUUAGUGAAAAAUAAAGACGCAAAUGAAUACAAAUCAAUACAAACACAAUAUAAUACAAAGUGAUUUUGUACAAUCAAUACAAAAUAAGAGUAUUAGCCUUAUUAUAUGUGUAUUAGCCUGUUAAAUCUUAUAUGCAGUUUUAAAUGAUGGCUCUGUUUGCUGAUCAAGAUUAACUAUAGCUAAUCACUCCCACUUCACUACUCCCCUAGCAUAAGUAAAAGUAACAAGCCAUGAUCCCUGGCUUAACAACACAUCGAAAUCAGGACUGUAGUUUGCCUCACUCAAACAAACCCCAGUUGGUAAGCCAAGAACCUUGGCCUUUACAUCGUAGUAUGUUUGAAGCAAAAUAAUUCCUGAUCUGGAUAUAACACUACGUCAGGUAUUAUGGUUGUUCCUCCCAGGGAAGAACCAAAGUGGAAAUCAUUUGCACUUUCAUAGUAAACCAUUAACUAUGGUUUACUGCGGUGUGCGAAUGAUGCCAAUAUUACGCAUGGCGACUGGACCUUUAGUUAAGUAAGAGAAAAAAAUUAAAUCACUUGCAAAGUGGAAAUUUAAGCACUUAAAUUGUCCUGAGACAAUCUUUCAUUUCAGUAGUGAAUAAGGCCAGUCAUUCAUAAGUAUUUGAAUUGCAUUAUAUCUCCCUGCUUGACAGUGUAGUAUGGCUGACAGCUUCUACAUUACCACAACACUCCAUAUUUUAUAUAUGGUUUUUAAUAUGUACAUUCCGUCAUGGUAUGUGAAUAUGACCAUGAGAAUCCAAAACCAGAUAAGUAUUGCACCAUAUGGGAAAGAUGUACAGCAUUUUAUGGAACUUGAGCAUGUUUAAGAUUUGAAAUGAUUUUAUAUAGAAUGCAUUCAUUGCACAACUGCAGUUAGACCAAUGUGGAUGCAGUUAUGCAGAAAGACAUUCUAGAUGUAUAUACUGAUUUUUAAAAAGAGCUAGAAUUUCAGGGUUUUAUGUGGAUUACAUUGUAUUUCUGGAUGAUUUCACUUCUGGGCUAGCAUGACAGAACCACAUUUCUAACAACAAAUAUUUCAGGGUGAUGAACCAGUUCUAUUUCCUUAACUGUUAGGAUUCACUUGUGUCUCUGAUCACAUAAGGAUGUUUCAUGCACUGAACACGACAGGCUUUCAUUUUCCAGAGUGUUCCUUCAACAGGGAUGUGCAGUUGAUUGUAGCUGUCUGGAUAAUGUAUACUUACAUUUUUACAAACAUGCUUAUUCAUAUGCCACUUUUUUUUAGGUAUACACCCAGGGUGAAGAACUGAAACUGGCUGGUAGGCUGGAUCCCUAAUUCUUCCACCCCUACAGGCCAACUUUGACAGAUGGAUGCUAUCACCUGUCAUAGUUCAAAGAAGGUUACAGCAACCUCGUUUGAAGAUACUUUCAGUGCCAAUCACCUGGAAGUAUGCCUUCAAAGAGGCUUGCCUAACUGCCCGUCAGCUGAAUAGUGGUUACAGGGAGCCCUUUGAACUCCUUUCAGAGGAAGCAUUUUGGGUUUAAAGCAUUUUGGGGAAAUGCUCUAUUUGGAGGAUUUACUAUGAAUCCAAAUCGCUUCCUACAGUCCCCUUGGCUUCACUAAGAAGUUCCCAAUAGCGUAUAUGCUUCCAGCAAGGCUCCCUGUCAAUGGCAAUUAGCUGAUCAGUUGCAAAGGAACUAUUGGGAACUCACUUUAAGCUCCUGAUUGUUACUUUGAAGCCACAUCCGCAACAGCACCACACUUGAUGUCACAUAUGAUGUCAGGUGUGGUGCAGGUGGCUGUGUUUUGUGCAAAAUGGCCUCACUGGCCAAAUUGGGACCCAUGCCAGGCCUCUGGAGUACACCUGAAAAAUAAUUCGUGAUGUGGCCCUCAAUGGUUGGUAUGUUCUUGCUGAGGUUUGAGUGUUAAAAAUGUUAACUAAAGAUACAUCUGUUUGAUGAUGGGCACAAUAACUUUGAAAAGUAUUAUGCAGUUGUAUUAGUUACAAAUGGCAAUUCUGUCAAUAGACUUGAUUCUAAUUUGGGAGAUUGCAAGACAGUAAUUUGCAAGGCAGAAAUUUUUAUAGUUUUAUGGGUAAGGCAGGCAUUUGUGGCUCUUCCAAUUAAGGCUUAUGAAUAAGGUAUCAUAAAACAAGCAAAAUAUUAAACCUUCUGUACAACUAUUCAAUGUUCUGCUGUUAAGUGAUUUUGCUGUGUAGUGUCCCUGAGCUACCUUCUUGGCACUGAAUUAUUUAUUAGUCCUCUCACUGAGAUUUGGUGUCAGAAUCAUGCAUCACUUUUGGAUCCCUUUAUAUGUCAUGCAAGUGUGACCUACAACAAAAGGGUGGAGUGCUUCAGUGCAGUAUUCCAACUACUCCAUUCCAUUUCCCUUCCCUGGUUUUCCACUUCCCCCUCUAUUAGACAGUCAACAUUUCCUGCUCACUAAGAAUAUUGAGCUAUUUAGUGUGGGGGGGCGUAACCUUUUUGGUGUGUUUCCUCCAUGGGGGUGAUGAGGUGGACACAUUGGUGCCCAGUUACAUUAAAAUCUUGGAUUUUCCCUCUGAUUUCUAUGUGUAGCUCUCACCAUCACUGGGGACAUAUUAAACAUAGCUUCUUGGUGUGAACCUCAAAAUUAUUUAUCCAGACAAUUAGAUAGUUCUCUCUACCAUUGUUAUAUCUGAGUGUCUUACAUCAUUCUUUGCCAGCCACUAUUCUGUUCCUCUGUUCACCCAGAUAUAAGGGAGGGGUUUCUUCUGUGUGGACUGAGCAGGUGAAGUCUUCAUUGUGGUGAAUUUGUGAUAGAUGUAGAAGCGAUAGACCAAACAGAUCCAAUGCCAGGCAAUAAACCAGUUAGCCAGAGUAAUAAUGCGCACACCAGGCUCUUGUAAAUAGAAGCUUUUACUUAGCUCAAUAUGAUACAAGUCUCUUUCUCCAAUACAGCUCAUCCCCCACACUUCUGUUCUUUUGCUCACUGCUUUUAAACACUUUCUGUUCAGGGCCAGCUGCCUUGUGCCCUUGAACAGCUCUGUACUUUAUUAACCCCUUUCUAUUCUUUGUGAAAACCUUCAGAGCUCACCUAUCUGCAACAGCCCCCACCUUUUCACAAAGAAGUUUCACUUUACAUUUCAUAGUACAUGUUUUACAGUUUUACAUUCAGUUGCUUUUUAUGAGCAUUUCGUUUGCACACAUUCUACAUACGUUUCCUAUUUUCUUCUUCAGACUUUUUAUCAGUACACUGUUUAUUCUCAUCUAUCGGCCAUUGCCUGUUGUUUGUGUUACGUGCUGUUAUUGUGUUUAUCUGAAAGCGAUCUGGAGGUUUUCCUAAGUUCGCCCUUUCAGACCUCCUGAGUGUUGUUUGUGGCUCAGCUUCUUGUCUGCUGCUUUGCCCUGAUUCCAUAACAGCCUGUUCCUCUUCUUCUUCCUUUAUUUCUUGCUCUGUCUCUUUUUCAUGUGUGUUUUCUAGUUCCACAUAUUUUACUCCAUCCCAAUCCUGUUCCUGGGCUUUCACACUUCUACUUAAUACUACUCUUCUUUGUUUUGGUAGCCACACCUGAUAGUAUGUAUUUUGAAACCCCAGCAAAUACCCCUUUUCUGCUCUGGGGGCCAGUUUGCCUCUCCUUUUGUUCUGUGGUAUGUGCACCCAGCACUCUGCUCCAAACCUGAUUAUCUGUUGUAACCUGGGUUUCUGGCUGUGUAACUUUUCAUAUGGUGUCAUGUGAAGUACUCUGUGCACCACUCUGUUUUGUAUGUAACACGCAUAUAGCACACAUUCUCCCCAAAACGCGUUUGGUAAGUCUGAGUCUUGUAGCAUGGCUCUUGUUGCCUCCUGCAAAGACCUAUUUUUUCGUUCAGCUAUCCCGUUCUGAAACGGGGAAAAUGGUACAGUUAAAUCAUGUUUUAUGCCUUUCUGCGUUAGAUAUUGCUCAAAGGCUUUGCUAGUGAAUUCCCCACCUUGAUCUGAGCGAAUUCUCUUUAUGUGUGUGCCAUGUUGCACCUCUACCUUGCGCACAAACAUCCUCAGUUUCUUCUCUGCUUCAUCCUUUGAGUUUAACAGGUAAACAGUACUGAAUCUGGUAAAAUCAUCCACUAUUACCAGAUAAUAUCUGGCUCCCCCCUGUGACUUCUGAAAUGGCCUGGCCAGAUCUACAUGAAUAGUUUGAUAGGGUUUGUUGGUUUCACUUUUAGCCUCUUUGUUUAUGGGCGCUACUGUGGCUUUUGUUUGUUUACAUGUAUUACAGUCUACAUGCUUGUUGCACUCCUUUAAUGUCAUAUCAGCACUAUGUUUUUGCAUGUCUUUUAUAGUAUCAAAGUUAGCAUGCCCUAACUUUCUAUGCCACAAAUGGAUGCAAUUGUCAUGAGGUUUUACAUUUGUCACCAUUGCUGCUUUAUUUGUUGUUCCCAAAUCCACAUAGAACAGUGAACCCUUUAAUCUCCCAUUGGAACAUACUUUGUCCUCCUUCCUUAUUUCACAAACCCCAUGUUUAAACAAGUCAAACCCCAUUGCAUUAAGCUUUGUCACAGAUAGGAUAUUGUUCUCCAGUCCCUUCACAUAUAAUACAUCCGUCAUGAUUGUUUGCAAUUCACAUAAUUUGACAGUCCCUCUCCCUAACACAGUUCUCUGUGUACCGUCUGCUAGAAGUACACUUUCUGUGGUGGGAACCAUAGUUUGAAACAUGGAUUGGUCUGCAACCAGGCUAUGUGUUGCCCCUGAAUCGACCACCCAAUUCCCACAGUUAUUGCUUCCGCAGCUUUUGCCCACACUCACCAGCUGCACAUAUGACUGUUGUCUUCCUUGUGCUUUUCUUCUUAUCGACCCACAGUCUCUUUGUAGAUGCGAAAAGGAUCCACAUAUGUAGCAGGCUUUCACACCAAAAACCCUGGAACCUGCUUCUUUGAAGAAUGUUUUAUUGUCCUUUCUGUUGCCUUUUUCCACGUGCUCUCUUUCUGCUGUCUCCUGCCGUCUCUCCCAUUCCUGAAUCAAUUUGCCAGACACAUAAUCCACAGUCAAAUUUUCGUCUCUCAUCGCCUCGAGUGAACUUACGACAGGGUCCCAGGAAAUGUCUAAAGAUGAUAAUAUAAUGUAUACUUUCUGAAGUUGUGUAUGUUCUACAUUCCUCUCCUGUAAUUCGGCGAAUAACUUCUUGAUGGCUAGUAAAUGCUCUGACAUUGAUGUGCCCUCUGUUAGUCUCAUUUGGUAUAAUUUCCUCGCCAUAUGGAUUCAGCUACUGGCGGUUUUCCUCACAUGAAUGUCUCCCAGAGCAGUCCAUAUCAGUUUCGCUGUCGGUUUGUCAUGUAAAUAAAUCAAUUGUGGGUCAUCCACUCCCAGGAUCAGAAAUGCUUUCGCUUUCUCCUCCCGUCUGAUCCAUUGCUCCAGAGGCGGCACGGCGGGGGGGGUCAUUAACUAUAACUUCCCAAACUUCUUCUUUUGUGAGAAAUGCUUGCAUCCGUAAUCUCCAACUCAUGUAAUUAGUCUCUGUUAGCCUUUCCAGAGGCAUUCCCGCCGAGAGUGACACUGCCAUAAUUUACAGCCUCUCGUCACUUUCUGCUUACCAGCCAAACUUCCUUUCUCACUGCCGCUUGCAGCUGGUCUCCUUCGGCUUCUUUCUUUCUGCCACUGGUGCUUCCAGCUGGUUCUGUUAUGGCCUAUUCUGGGCCCAUAACCCUUGUGGUGAAUUUGUGAUAGAUGUAGAAGCGAUAGACCAAACAUAUCCGAUGCCAGGCAAUAAACCAGUUAGCCAGAGUAACAACGCGCACACCAGGCUCUUGUAAAUAGAAGCUUUUACUUAGCUCAAUAUGAUACAAGUCUCUCCAAUACAGCUCAUCCCCCACACUUCUGUUCUUUUGCUCACUGCUUUUAAACACUUUCUGUUCAGGGCCAGCUGCCUUGUGCCCUUGAACAGCUCUGUACUUUAUUAACCCCUUUCUAUUCUUUAUGAAAACCUUCAGAGCUCACCUAUCUGCAACAUUCAUUGGGCCAUUUCAAGGGGACCCAUCACUUGUAGAGUUCUCACUAACUUAUUUGUAUAUCUGGAAACCUUGGAGCUCCCCUAAGUCUGCUGAUAUCUCCCUCUUAUGUAUGGGUGCUGCCAUUUUGGCUACAUAAGCAAUGGCAACCAUGCCUCAACAUCAGAAAUGAAGGAGAUGAUACUUAAGUGGUAAUCUGGGGUUUUCAAUAUACUGAUGCUCAGUCAAGACAUUUGCUUAUAUAUUGAAUUACAGUGUUACCUUGUUGCAUCAUCACUGUGUCAUUCAUUCUAUUUUAGCAUUUGAUGAAGUGGGUUCUACCCAUGAAAGCUUAAUGCCCCAAUAAAUGUGUUAGUCUUUAAGAUGUUGCAUGCUUUUUGUAUUCUUUCUAUUAACCCUUCUGGUUCCUGUUCACUGUUUCUAAAAUAAUUUCCUCCUUUUUAUUUUUAGAUUAGAGUAUGCCAUGAUUGCACCAGGACCAUGACACACUUAGUAUUGAGGGUCCCCACUCUACAAACAGUAGUGUUAAAAGGAUGUAAAUUUAAAUCAGAAAACUGGGAUCACCUGUUAAUCAGCUUAGUCUCUGUAUGUCACAUCAUCUUCAUGAAGUAACCUUUGAAUAACUUUACUCCUGCCUUAUUCUAAAAGAGCAUGAUUAAUUUCUAACCCUUGUGCAAGUGCAGCUUCAUGAAUUAAGUGGAGUUCAGGACAGGACCCUCAUUUCCCUGCCUGAUUCACCUUGGACUAUCCAUAGAUUACAGCAUGCCACCCACUAUUUACAAGGAAGAAAUAGUACAUAUCUCCCAUAUUAGUGAUUCAACUAUUCAUCUACCCAGAACCCCUGCCUGCAAGGUAUUGCUGCUAGGGUUAUAUGAGUUUGCUGUACAGGAGGCACUCACUGACCUUUUGUUGUAAAUCAUUACUGGCAUAUUGCAUUCUAUGCAUUUAUGAACCUGGACAGAGGAGCGCUGCCUUGAGCAGAUAAAGCUAAUUUUAUCAGCCUAGUUACAUUUGUGCAAAAUUUAACUUGAACUCUUUAAUUAUAGGAAAUCAAUGCACUUUCAAGUUAAGGUACCGUAUUGUGUAGAUAAAGUUUGAGGCAGUUAAAGAGUUAAGGUUAUGAGCAGCACUGAAAAAUAGUUCAAAUUCCAACAAACCAGUCGAUGUUUUUUGGUACAUGGCUAGGUGACAAAGAUACUCCUAGCCCUACCCAUGCAAAUCUUUUUGGCAAUAGUUUAUUUCAAAUGCAGUAGACAAUCCAGAAUUAAGUUUUGUGUGAACAGAGUAGUUAAUAUUGAAAAGAGUUUCUUCUUGAAUUUGCCUAGAGAUGAAAAGACUGCUUGCUUAAUUAGCUUUGUUUGACAUGUACUUUUUACAAUGUAUUUUUAAUUUGUUAAGAUGAUGUACUGAAUGUAUUUUUAUUUAAAUUUUAUUUUCUUAAUGCAAGUAUUAAAGUUCAGUAGAAUUGUUUGAAACUUGAAUGUUGCAGCCAAGUUUAAUAUGUUGGUUUAUUGAUCAUUUUAAAUACUUAAUACACAGAUAAAGACUAUUUCACACAGCAGAUGCUGAAAGGAUAUUUAUCAAUUGCUUCAUGCUCCAUUUUACAAAAUAGGCUGGAAAUACUUUCAAUAUCUGGUGAAUGCAUUGCCCACUUAACUGGGCUCUUUGAGUGAAAGAAGGAGCAAUAACUAACAUACAACAUUACUUCUGCAGAAAAUAUUCCUGAUCUUAUGGGAAAGGGUCAGUCUAUAACUAACCAAAUACAGAAGAUAGGUUGUGGCAAAUUUCACCUUUAAUAACCUUAAAAGUCAAUUCAAUUGGACCAAGCAGCUGCAUCAUGACAUUUAUAUUAAUCAAGAUAAACAGAAUACCUUUAAAAUAACAGUGUAGUUUGAUGUAAAAAUGCAAGAUGUGCAAUCUAAAUAAAACAUUGAUUUCCUUGGAAGAAUAAAUAAUAUCAAAGUAGCAUGUCCAAAACUUUAUUCCAACAUGUUCCAGUUAGUAAAUUGGAAAAAAGGUUACAAGAAUUUAAAAAUGAAACAUCUUUUAUAUGGAAUUGUAAGAAACCUAAGAGUUAAACACAAGAUAUCUGGGGAUUAAAGAGGAUAUCAGGUACUAAAUAUAUAUGACUGUUAUGCUAAGGUUCUAGUAGGGCUAUUUAAACUUACAGUAUAAUUCUAAAAAUGUCUGUUCAGAAGUAUGCCAAAUUGAAUUCAGUGGGACUUUCAGUUAAGUGUGUAUAGAAUUACAGCCUUAGGGGGCAAUCCAACUCACAUUUAGAUUGAAGAGAGUUGGAUGCGGCAGAUCUCCAGCAGAGCUAGCUGGGUCCUGGCUCAGCUGUACGCCAGAGUAAGUACCUCAGCCGGGCCAACCCAGCUUAGCCAGGACCCAGCCAGCUCAGCCAAAACCAGCACAAGUGGAGUUGGAGUAAACCAGCAUAAGGCUUGAAAAAGGAGUGUGUUGGGGGAGGAGCCAAGGUGAGGGGACUCAGGCCACAUCUAACUUGUGUUCAGAGCACUCCUGCAGGUUCCAAUCCAGGCAAAAGUUAUGCUGAGAAAAAGGUCAGUUUAAGAAAAUAAUUGCAAUAUGAGUCAAAGGGGAACGUUUACUCCCCGGUAGGGGCAUUUGGGAGAGCAGACUUUUACUUUCUGGUCCCUGCAUGCAGCUCCUGGCUGAGCCAGCUUUCAGCCAACCCAGAGGCUCCUGAACGGCAAUUGGAUGCAGCAGAACUUUAUGCCAGCUUGUCUUCCUCCAGCACAAUUUACACCAGCUUCCCCUGAGUUGGAUUGCUCUGCCCAUAAGUUUCAAGUUUUCCAGAACUCUUUUGUCAGGAUAGAUGGUAAGCAAAAGAGGAGUGGUGGCAAAGAAAAAAACUUGCUGUUGGUUUGAGCCUUAAGAUGAAAUGUAGGAUGAGGCAGAAUAUCUUCCAAUUAUUAUUUUUUUUUACAAGACUGGAGAUUAAUUUUAGGUGGUGUAGUAGUUGUGUGUUUUUUUAAAGUAGGGAAAUUGGGUAGCUUUAACAGACCCAUUUGAAUGGAUUGUAUCCAAUGCUGUCUGUGCAUUAGCAGAACAGACUUCAGUUUGUGCAAUGGAACUUCCCCUUUUUCCCUCCCCCUUCUCUCUGUGCCCUUAAAAUCUGUUUGAAAGGGUGGCAAGGCCCUCUGGAACAGAUUUGGGGGGCACAUGGGAGGCUACAGGAGGGAGGAGAGGAAGUUGGUUCACAUGGUGUUGGAUUCUGCCCAAUGUCCCCUGUCACCUCCCACAUUUCAUCUUAAGACUGAUUAAAUGCAGAAUCAAUCCUUGGCUCAAACAUUUGCCUCCUCCCCCCCCCCGCCGCCCAUACCACCCUUGUUCUGUUUGCCAGAUAGCUGGAUGAAGAGUUCUGGAGAACUCAAAAGCUUGCACACUGUUUUAAAUAUGUUGGUUGGCCUAAGAAAAGCAUUGCCCUAAUGGGAAUUUUGGAUUUUUUGUUAGGGCCAGCAUAGCUACCAUUGCAUUUCAUAUUCUUUUUUCCACAGAAGUGGAAUGGCACAAACUAUAUAUGAGAAGGUGGAAUUAAGAAAACUCUUAGAAUGGCAAUAUAAUGGCAUUUAUCAUCAUGGAAAUUGCAUGUGAUCUAUACAAAUGACAACAGUAAAUGGCUAGGAGACACAAUCACCACAUAAGAUUGUCUAGGAGAUUAAGACAAUUUUUACUCUGUUAUUAAGUAACUAAGUUCAAAAGCUUUGGAAAAUAGUCAAAAGAUUUUUGACUUUGAUGUCACCAGAUCCUUUAUUGUGUUACCUUGUAUGGCAAUGGUGUCACCAUCAAAUAUUCAGGUAUCUUUGGUUAUUACACACAAUUGCCACACUGAGUUUGGCUACACAUUUGAAAGUGGGGACAGAGGUUUCCUCACCUUCAAGAGACUGGCUUAACCAGGCCUGUGUUAUGUUUGCUUUACACUGACAGUCAACAAGUCAUCAAUACAAUAGCAAGCUGUAACAUGUUGCGCUGUCAGUGAGAUUUUCUUCUGCAUGUUAAUUAUGAUUUGUUCUGAGAACUGUUUUCCUAUAAAAAUGUUGAUUUUUACAAAUGCAAAUAAAAAA